AUGUUCUACCUACCAAAGAACGAUGAUUGUUUGCCUCCCAUCCAUUAUGUCUUGCAAGCUCUUCAGGAUCACCCAGGGGCGUGGGAGCAUUUCUGCAGAGACUGUAAUGUGCACAUGGUGGCUAAACUACGCAACAAGAACAAUCCAAUGCAGCCACUGAAUUGCAACAGAAUGGGAGGCUUAGCAACAAGAGAAUGGCCGUGUCUAGUGGGAUUCCGUGCAAGACAGUGGACUGGGCAGAUUCUUGAAACUUGGGUCAAAAAGGUUGCGCAGAAGCUCCAAUCUGUCGCACAUAUCAAAUGCUACUAUCCUCUUCCUUUGGAGUACGCUGGGGACAUCACGCUGCCAAACAUCCAAGUGCUCAGCUGUUCCGUCACCGUUCAGGAUAUUCUGGAAGCUCUUGAACAGCGGAUCUUUCCAGACAUGACAUUGGCAAAUAUCCUAGAACAGCAAGAUAUGACCAUUUACUUUGGCAACAAAUCCCUAAUACUUGCGAGAAGCCAUGUGACUGCAGGACGGGGCGAUGCAGCCGCAAAUGGCUUCUACAAGCCUCACAUUGCACACAACAACUUCUUCCAUUAA